AAAAGAAUAAUUCAGUCUACUAAUGCUUUUGCUGGUACUGAUGCCAGCGUUGAGACUUCACUGGUAAAAUGUACCCUGCAGGGUAAUGCACGACCUCCUGCAUUUUCCAUGGAUGGAGACUUCUUAAUUGGAGGUGCUUUCUUCAUUCACUACCAAAUGGAGACAGUAGUAAACAACUACACAACAAAGCCUAAGCUUCCAAAAUGCACAGGAAGCUUCAAUGCCCGGGAUCUACGCUUCUCUCGAACAAUGAUUUUUGCAAUUGAGGAGAUAAACAACAGCACAGAGCUGCUGCCUGGCAUGAGACUUGGUUAUCAGAUUUAUGACACAUGCUCUGCUGUGCCUGUGGCUGUGCAUGUUGCAUUUCAGCUAACAAAUGGUGAAGACCCUGUAUUUUACAAGGAAAGUAACUGUUCUCAGUCUAGUGUGGUGAUAGCAGCUGUUGGAGACUCUGGGUCAAGCCCAUCUAUAAGUAUGUCACGUAUCAUUGGGUCCUUCAAUAUCCCUCUGGUAAGCCACUUUGCCACUUGUGCCUGCCUGUCUGAUAAACAUGAAUACCCAAAUUUUUUCAGAACUAUUCCUAGUGACCAUUACCAAGCUGCUGCUCUGGCAAAGCUGGUGAAACACUUUGGCUGGACUUGGAUAGGAGCUAUCUAUUCAGACUCAGAUUAUGGAAAUUAUGGCAUGGCAAUUUUUCUCGAGACAGCACGCAGGGAAGGGAUUUGUGUUGAAUACAUGGAAUCCUUCGAUUGGACCUACCCGCAGAGCAAGAUCCAAAGAGUUGCUGAUGUGAUCCGGAGGUCAACAGCAACGGUUGUUGUGGCAUUUGCAGCUCCUGGAGAUAUGAAGAUCCUCUUGGAAGAGCUUGCACGGCAGCUGGUUCCAUCACGUCAGUGGAUAGGAAGUGAGGCCUGGAUAACUGACCCAAAUUUGAUGAGCUUCAGUUUCUGCACGGGUGCCAUUGGGGUUGCCAUCCAGCGAUCUGUGAUCCCAGGUCUGAGAGAAUUUCUUCUGGAUCUCUCUCCCUCUGAAGUGGCUGCCUCUUCGGUGCUUACUGAGUUCUGGGAGGAUGCAUUUAACUGCAGUUUAACAAAGACUUCAAACUUAAACAAGCAGCAGUGUGAUGGAACAGAAGACAUAAAAACCCUUAAAAGCCCAUACACAGAAACAUCUCAGCUUAGAAUUUCUAACAUGGUUUAUAAGGCUGUGUAUGCAAUAGCACAUGCUAUACAUAACGUAUUGUGUCAGAAAAAAAAUACAACUGUACAGUGUAACAAAUACAUCAGACUGGAUCCAACACAGGUUUUAACUGAACUUAAGAAAGUAAGCUUUUCCCAAAAUGGCUACCAUAUUUCAUUCGAUAGUAAUGGAGACCCUAUAGCUUUUUAUGAGCUGGUGAACUGGCAGAACAGUGAAAGUGGACUUAUUGAGCCGGUAACAGUGGGAUACUACGAUGCAUCACUGCCAAUGGGCGAACAGUUUCAUAUCAGCAGAAAACUAACCUGGCUUGAAGAUGCCAAACAAGUACCGGUGUCAGUGUGCUCCAAGAGUUGUCCUCUAGGAACCCGUAAGGUGUUGCAAAAAGGAAAACCCGUGUGCUGUUAUGAUUGUAUACCAUGUCCUGAAGGGGAGAUUAGUAAUGUGACAGACGCACCUGACUGCUUCCUUUGUCCGAGAGAGUUCUGGCCCAAUCGAGGCAGAGAUGCAUGCUUUCCCAAACCUGUGGAGUUUUUUUCUUUUGACGAAGUCCUGGCAAUCAUCCUCGCUAUAUUUUCUGUUUGUGGUGCCUGCAUAGCCAUCAUAACAGCAGUGAUUUUCUUUCAUCAAAGGGCAACUCCCAUUGUCAGAGCUAACAACUCUGAGUUGAGCUUCCUGCUUCUCUUUUCCCUGACUCUUUGUUUCUUAUGUUCAUUAACUUUCAUUGGAGCACCCUCUAAGUGGUCCUGCAUGCUGCGGCACACAGCAUUUGGUAUCACCUUUGUUCUCUGUAUAUCCUGUGUUCUUGGAAAAACUAUAGUUGUUUUAAUGGCUUUUAAAGCAACACUUCCAGGAAGUAAUGCUAUGAAAUGGUUUGGUCCCCCACAGCAAAGAAUAACUGUAGUGUCUGUCACCUUCGUUCAAGUUAUAAUAUGCACUUUAUGGCUGAUUUUGAGUCCCCCUUUUCCAGUGAAAAAUCUAACCACCUACAAGGAAAAGAUCAUCUUGGAAUGUGCAUUAGGCUCUAAUGUAGGUUUCUGGGCUGUGCUUGGCUACAUUGGCCUGCUGGCGAUUUUUUGCUUUGUUUUAGCUAUUUUUGCUCGGAAACUUCCAGACAAUUUUAAUGAAGCCAAGCUAAUCACCUUCAGCAUGUUGAUAUUCUGUGCAGUCUGGAUAACUUUUAUUCCAGCAUAUAUCAGCUCUCCUGGAAAAUUUACAGUGGCUGUUGAAAUAUUUGCGAUUCUAGCUUCCAGUUUUGGACUGAUAGUCUGUAUAUUUGCUCCGAAGUGUUUCAUUAUUUUGUUUCAACCAGAGAAGAACACAAAGAAAUAUUUAAUGAACAAAAAAUAA